AUGGAAGCGACUCAAGAAUCCACCCAGCCAUGUACGGACCCCCGCCGCAUGGGCUACAACAACUCUGGUCUCCAUGAGCAGGACGUGGCGGACAUAAUAUGUAUAUUGCAUCCUAGUUCGCCUGCUGCCCACCAUGCGGUGGCCGCCUCUGCUGGUUCUGCGCCCCAGCAUAUCCUUCAGCGAGAUGAACUCGUGUACGAAACUUCAGCAGCUUUGGACAUUGGGCUUAGGCUGUCAUCGAAAGUGCAUGAUUUGAACACUGGCUUUUGCUUUGGACGCAACAGAACUCGUUGCGAUCUUCUCCUUGCCCGUGACCAGAAUUCAAAACGCAUCUCAAAUCAGCACUUCCGUAUCUACCUCACCGAAGACGGAAUCAUUAUGCUCGAGGAUAUUUCCACCAAUGGCACCAUUGUAGACAACUGCCGUCUUCGCAAGAGCCAAAGAGAGAAUAGUCGAAUGCUGACCAACGGCUCUGUCAUUCAAGUGAUGAAUGGCGACCAAACCUCAGAUGAAGUUAGGUUCGUCGUCCGCAUUCCAAACCGAGAAGGGUUCUCUAUGCAAUAUACGGAGAACCUGCUACGCUAUUUUGAGCGGAUACAGAAACACCGGGCAGGAACCACACAGGUCAAGCCACGUCAAACCUCGGCACAGCCUGUUUUGCAGUGGACGGUUUCUAAUACCUACGGGAUGCACUGGACAGGCGGGCCUAUGUACAAUGUCACCGGCCAGAUAGGGAAAGGAGCCUUUGCAACGGUGUAUAAACUUGCCACAAAGCAGCAUGGGGCUGUGUAUGCAGCGAAGGAGCUUGACAAGCGACGUUUCAUGAAGAACGGGGUCUUGGACCAGAAAGUGGAUAAUGAAAUGAGGAUUAUGAAGGACCUCAAGCAUCCUAAUAUUGUUCAAUAUAUUGACCAUCACGAGCAUGAUCGAUGGAUCUACAUCAUCAUGGAGUACGUCCCUGGUGGCGAGCUGUCGACAUACCUGCAAUCUAUUGGCAAGAUUCCCGAAGACAUGGUCAAAACGAUUUCCCGCCAGGUCUUGCAUGCGCUACAGUAUCUCCAUAAACGGAAGAUCACCCACCGAGACAUCAAGCCGGACAACAUCCUCAUUUCCUCGCUCGAUCCACUAAGAGUUAAGCUGUCGGACUUUGGACUGUCCAAAGUAGUGCAGGAGGAAACCUUCCUCAAGACCUUCUGUGGCACAUUGCUUUAUUGCGCCCCUGAAGUUUACCCAGAGUACGAUUCUUAUCGUCGUGGUGACGUCAGGAAAAGGCGCCGAUUAGGUGAUCCCCAAUCCGUCGACAUGUGGUCCCUGGGCGCGGUCCUCUACCACAUCCUUGCUGGCAUUCCUCCGUUUAUGGGCCGGGGCGAUGACAGAGGAGCUCAGAUGCUACGAACGAUCAUGACCACCGAUCCCGAUGUUGAUAUUCUGCGCAAUGAAGGCGUGUCAGAAGAGGGUAUUGAUUUUGUUACCCGACUUUUAAACCGCGAUCCUCAGGCCCGUCCGACAGAACGUGAAUGCUUUCAGCAUCUAUGGAUUGCUAAGGUUGAAGAUGUGGAUGAGUACGAGGAUGACGAAGUAUAUGCCAAUGUCCGGGGUGACCUUUCGGACAUCGGUGAGGAUGCGGAAGAGGAAUUGGAUGCGUCUCAGCUUUCAAUACACGACGAAUCAGAACCCAAAGACCCGGCCGAGCAAGAGGAUAGCGAUUUGGCGCAAUCCAAGCGGCCGAGGAUUGAUUGUCCCCCCACGGACGUUCGUUACCCAUCUCUGCCCCAUAUUGAAAGUUUGAAAGAAAUCCAAGUUGCUGCUGAUACAACACCAAAACGCCUCUUCGGUGAAAUCACACCGUCUGUGUUAGGAAGCUCGGAUGCGCUGGGUGCUAAUGGAAAUGCGUUCGAGGGAGACAACUUCAGCAUAAAUGACUUCAUUUCUUCAGCCGGUGAGUCGAUGGUCAGCGACGGCAACAGCCUUAACUCCAUCCUUUCCCUUCCGGAGGACCCUCUUUGUGGAUCCGCACCAAGCUUAAUGGGAGCUGAGAACCUUGUUGGGCAGCUGAACAUGAAUUCGUGGCACCCUGGCACAUCAACCAAUCCGCCAGUCGUCGAGAUACCGGUACGGCAAACUGGAGCGAAGGUGGAGGACUCUGCAGAGAAAAAGGAGGCGAAGACAAAGCAGCGAACCAGCCCUGGUAACGAAACCCCUAAACCGGCCAUCUUCAGCCGACGGAUUGAAUUACCCAUGCCUGAUACCGCCAGUGAACGCUCGACCCCCGAGAGUAUCGCGCAACGUGCUAAGGACGAACGCCACGAAACCAAAUCUAUCCCAGGGGAGAUUUUCGACAUCGAGCUGGCAAAUACCAUUGAUGCUAAGACCGGGCAGCCAAUUUUAGACUAUCCAGAAAGAACAGGCGGUGAUGCUCCAGCCGAUCCAGCACCUACUAUGAAUCCCAAAAUUGUGCUCCAGCCAACUAAACCUCCGACACUCCUGGGCAAGUUGACAACGCUUCCUGGGUCGAUUUUCGAAUUGACGAUCCCUUUGGAAGAUCGAAUGACGUCGUGGGGCCGGGGUCCUCAAGCGACCGUCUGCUACCCCGACCCUAUGGAUACGAGAAUCCCAGCAUAUGCGUUGGAGGUCACCUUUUGGGCCCCUGCCAUUGAGUCCAAGAUAAGGGCGGGGUUGGAUUGGCUGUCUGCACCUGGUGUUAUGGCAAUACUCUCAACUAAGACUCGCAAGUGUAUUUGGGUGAACGAUACGGAGCUGCGUCGAGGGCCGGAGGGGGAUAGCAGUCGGGAAGGGUUUCAUUUUGGCAAGAUAUACACGGGGGAUAUUAUCACGAUCUAUCAGCAUCGCCACAAAUUUCUAAAGUUUCGAUGUGAGUUCUAUCAUGGGGAUAGUGCGUGUACCCGACCGGAGAAUGAGAAGGGGUUCACCGUGCGCAAGGUCCUGGUGCCCAAGGACGCGGCUGCGAACCAGAUUCCUGCGCGGAAGGACCGCAAUGACAAGAAGUAA